AUAUCAAAUCUUCGUGGCAUUAAACAUAUCAGAAGAUUAAGAAUUAAGUUCGAAACUAACGAAAAAUAUUUGUAACCGUGCAGGUUAAGAUAUAUUUUUGAUAAAACAAAUUAUGUGUUAUCUUGAUUUGUAGACGAAAGAGAAUAUAAUAUUUUAAGUAACAAAUGAGUAUAUUAAGUAGUACAAGAGAAAUAAUAGUAUCAAAAAACAUGGCGUCGAUUAGUUUGAGAAGUAGUUUAAGGAUAUUAUGGACGACGGUGGCAGCCCUGAUCUUCCUCACGAGGAGUAGUGCAGCACCAGCCUUCGGAGGAACAGAUAAAGCCAUGUCUAAUUAUGAUUCGCACUUCCAGAUGUAUUUAGCUCAAUACGGGUACCUGAGCCCUUCAGUACGGAACCCCUCUAGCGGACAUAUCAUGGAUGAAGGCUCAUGGCGGAAGGCGAUUGCUGAAUUCCAGAGCUUUGCUGGAUUAAAUACAACAGGUGAAUUAGACGAAGAGACGAUUAGUGUUAUGUCAUUGCCGCGGUGUGGUGUUCGCGACAAAGUUGGUUUUGGUGAAAGUCGUGCCAAACGUUACGCGCUCCAGGGGUCAAGAUGGCGCGUCAAGAAUCUAACAUACAAGAUCUCAAAAUACCCAUCGAGACUUAACCGCGCUGAAGUGGAUGCUGAGCUUGCCAAGGCCUUCAAUGUAUGGUCCGACUACACCGACCUCACCUUCACGCAGAAACGAUCUGGGCAGGUCCACAUUGAAAUCAGGUUUGAAAAGGGAGAGCACGGUGAUGGUGAUCCUUUCGAUGGACCUGGAGGCACCCUGGCCCACGCCUAUUUCCCUGUUUAUGGAGGUGACGCCCACUUCGACGACGCUGAAAUGUGGUCCAUCAAUUCAAGACGUGGCACCAAUCUUUUCCAAGUAGCUGCUCACGAAUUCGGUCAUUCGUUAGGAUUGUCUCACAGUGACGUCAGAUCAGCUCUUAUGGCGCCCUUCUAUAGAGGAUACGACCCAGCUUUCCAACUAGAUCAAGAUGACAUUCAGGGUAUACAGGCACUAUACGGACACAAAACACAACUCGAUAUCGGUGGCAGUAUAGCCCCCAACCCCACAAUCCCACGCGUCACCACGCAACAACCUGCCUCCGAAGAUCCCACGCUGUGUUCUGAUCCCAAAAUCGACACAAUCUUUAACUCUGCUGAUGGUGCUACUUUUGUUUUCAAAGGAGAGCAUUACUGGAAGCUGACAGAAAAUGGCGUAGCAGCUGGAUACCCGCGUCUCAUCGCCAGAUCCUGGCCAGGUCUCCCCGGUAACAUCGACGCAGCUUUCACUUACAAAAACGGCAAAACCUACUUCUUCAAGGGAUCAAAAUACUGGAGGUAUAACGGCCAGAAGAUGGACGGCGACUAUCCUAAGGAAAUUAGUGAAGGUUUCACCGGCAUCCCAGACAACAUAGACGCAGCCCUCGUAUGGUCAGGAAACGGCAAGAUCUACUUCUACAAAGGUUCCAAGUUCUGGAGGUUCGACCCCGCUCAGCGUCCCCCCGUCAAGUCUACUUACCCCAAACCCUUGUCCAACUGGGAAGGCAUCCCGGAUAACAUUGAUGCGGCCUUACAGUAUACGAAUGGUUACACGUACUUCUUCAAGGGUGGAUCUUAUUGGCGGUUUAAUGACAGAAGUUUCAGUGUGGACAUGGACACGCCAGCGUUCCCCAGGUCGAGUGCCUACUGGUGGCUAGGGUGCAGCUCAGCGCCGCGCGGCACUGUCGGAGGUAACGCGCGCCUCACGCACUCGCCAGAAGCCGACGAUGAUGUUGGCGACAUUCUGUUCGACGCAGAUGGCGCCGAUGACGCGGGUGGGAACAGGAGGAACAGUGGGACGGUCAUGACGUCGCCUGCUACUUGGAUGGUGCUCAGUUUAGCGCUGGCGUUUACGCUUACCUCCACAGUGCGCGCCUAGCGCAAAGAAACACUGCGUCUCUCUCUGUGAUCGUGUGUGUGUGUCUGUUAGUGUUCGAUAUAUUGUGUAUAGCGAACGCCGUACUGUUGACGAGUGCGAACUUUUAUACUGUUGCGAGAACAAUAAUUUAAUUCGAAGUCAUAGUUUUUAUACUUAAUAUAAAUAGAUGAUGUAAGCUCGAGUGUGAUAUUGAAGUAAGAGAAGUAUUUGUAUUAAAUCAUUUAAACAAAACUCA